UGCUUUCUUAUUUCCAGGAGCCGUAUUCACCAAUAUCCGUAAGUCUAUUUUUUUAGACUUACGCUAAGUUUCAGACUCAGACUCAGACUCAGUUUAAAAAAAGUUAAUUCACGAAACUGAAAUCAUCCCAGUUUUAGACUCAGACUCAUAAGCCUGAGUCUAAAAUUCUGAGUCUACUAUUUGUAGACUUACGUACGUGUAGUCGCGACGUAACGUUCUAAGCACGUAGCUAAACCAACAUGGCCGCUGCCCAUAGGAAUCUACGUCGGUGUAGAAAUAAUCGGCGCUUGCGCGUAGAGAGAGUGUUUUUAGAUCGUACAAAUCCGCUGGAAAUAUACAGAGAUGUCGAACUUUACAAGCGGUUUCGAUUUACGAGAGACACUCUCCAAUUCAUAUGCGAAAUUUGCUUUGACGUAGAGAGACACACAAAUAGAAGUUUGCCGAUCCCAGUGGCACUAUCGGUGUGCACCUACCUGCGGUACGUUGCUAGCGGGGACCUGCAGCUCACCGUGGCUGACAGCACUGGUCUGUCACAGGCUACAGUUUGUAGGGUCUGUGCACAGGUCAGUGCUAUAUUGGCCGCAAAAGUGUCGGACUUCGUCAAGUUCCCGACUGGAAUAGACGCCGCCCGUGUGAAGCAAGGGCUUGGAGCCAUAGCCGGUUUCCCUAAUGCGCUUGGAUGCAUAGACUGCACGCACAUAAACAUAAAGAAACCAAAUGAAAAUGUAGAAGAUUUCAUUGGACGGAAAGGGAUCCCGACCAUUAACGUACAGGCGAUCUGUGAUGCAGACUACAAGAUAACAAGUUUCACAGCGAACUGGCCGGGAAGAACACACGACGCAAGGAUAUGGAGGAAUUGUGAACUCCGGAACCAGUUUGAAAACGGACAGCAUGCUGGCCUACUCAUCGGAGACAGCGGGUAUGGUUGUUCUCGCUAUUUGCUGACACCCUAUUUACGACCAGUGAACCAGUCCGAAGACAGAUUCAACAGGUCACUCUGUAGAACAAGAGUGAUGAUUGAACAGACAUUCGGGAUGUUAAAGAACCGAUUCGGAAUAUUGGGACGCAAGAUCCGCGCAACACCAACAAGGGCUGUACAGCACAUUAGUGCAUGCAUCUUCUUGCGACUCCGAAUUCUCUAAAAAUUUCAAUAAAUACAAUGGUAUGUGUGUAGAUAUUAUAGUAAAUACAUUAGUAGUGCACACUACACUUCAUGUUUACCAUCAUGGCUGUUGAUUAGUUAAAUAUACACGAGAUACAGGGUAUUAGAAAUCGAUGUAAACUUGUAGUAAAUGAAAAGUUCAUUAAGAAAUGUGAAGAUUGUUUACGGGUACGAAUAAAACACACAUGGGUACGGAUCUAACAGGGUACGAGAUGAAAAGUAAAACAAUAGCCCUUCUUAAAUGGUACAUUUAUCCGUGAUUGCACAAAUAUUCAUUAUUAAUACUAAAAUAAUAAUUCACGUGUGCAAAUUUAGGAAACAAAGAACGUGCAACUGCACCAUACUCAUAACAUGUGUUUGAAACUAAAACACAUUUCACAAUCACAUCCGAAAUCCGUAAGUACAAUUUGUUGAGUGGUUAUGCCCCUUAUUUACAUAGUGUAUUAUGCGGCGCUAUCAAAAACGCUAUCGGUAGCAAAUCCAAUCAUAUGCUAUUAAAUAUAAUAUAAAAAUAUAAGGCAGAUAACAAAAAUAACAUUUAACUUACAAUGACAACCUGCUCCCAAUCUCGUCCCAUUUCUUUCUUCUGAGUACCGAAAUUUUUUCCGCUCCUAUCCCCUUAUAAUCGCCGAAUAGAAGGUUCCAGUGGUCCCGAACCAGCGCAUUCAACACAAUUUCUGCUGGCUCGGUCCAAUCUGGAGCCUUCUGACGCUUCAUAACAUUUUCCUCAGACAAACACUCCAUCUUAUAAUAUAAUUUGUAUCAGAAAUGUCUUCUGCAAUUUAUGACACUAUUUGGCGCGUUUUCUCUACUAGAGUGCUCGCUUAGACGUGACGUCAGAAAAAAAAUCAAUCUUAUUGAAGUCUAUUUCCAAACGCGUUCGUGAAUACGAAUCCUGAGUCUGUCUUUAGUAAGUCUAAGUCUGAGUCAAAGUCUGAGCUUGAGUCCAAGUUUGAGUUUAUUAUUGAUGAAUACGGCUCCAGAACAAAAAGCACAGACACCGUAAUGAAAAGGGUCAACAAGAAAAGGAAAUGUGACUGCCAUGAUGAACUUCUGGCAAUUGAGCGAAGGAAAUUGGAAUUAUUGGAAGAACUAGUUCAUUUAAAAAGAGUCACUCCGUUUUCAAAAGCUUAAGCAUUCAACUACAAAUGUAUUUGAAUAUUAGCUCGACUAUUAAUGAAAUGGUCAGGGCUGCACUUCUCACCAAAAUGUUGGCGUCUGAAUAUUGUUCAGGUGAAAGUCAUUUUUAUGCCCCCAUUCGAAGAAAGAUACUAUAUUGUUUUGCACAUGUCUGACGGUUGGUCUGUCCGUCUGUCCACCAGAUGAUAUCCGUAUGAUAACUCAAGAACAAUUAUGCUUAAUAUCAUGAAACUUUAUAGGUACAUUGAUCAUGACUGGCAGAUGACCUGCAUUGAUUUUCAGGUCACUAGGUCAAAGGUAAAUGUCACAGUGACUAGAAACAGUAAAAUGGUUUUUUGAUGAUAACUCAAGAAUGCUUACGCAUAGGAUCAUGAAUCUUCAUAGGUACAUUGAUCAUGACUGGCAGAUAACCCCUUUUGAUUUUCAGGUCACUAGGUUUAUGGUCAAGGUCACAGUGAAUUGAAACAGUAAAAUUGUUUCCGGAUGAUAGCUCAAUAAUGCUUCGCCUAGGAUCAUGAACCUUCAUAGGUACAUUGAUAUUAUUACUGGCUGAUGACCAUUUAUAUUUUGCAGGUCAAGGUCACAGUGACUCAAAACAUUAAAAUGGUUUCCGGGUGAUAACUCAAAAAUACUUAGGCAUAGGAUCAUUUAACUUCAAAGGUACAUUUAUCAUGACUAAAUGAUGACUCCUGAUUUUCAGGUCACUAGGUUAACGGUCAAGUUCACAGUGACAAAAAAUGUAUAUACACAAUAGCACUAACUACAACCGACAGCCCAGAUUUAGGGCAUGCAUGUUAUACAAAUAGCCCUAAUGUUUUCAGGUGACAACAGAAAUCAAAGAUGAUCAAUAGUCGAGCCCGCUGUGAUAUACAGCUUUUGUUAAGUUUAUGUGUUACAUUCCUUUAAACCUUUUAAUAUUAUAAUUUAUAUUUCUAAACAUUGAUAAUUUUUCCUUAUAUAAAACCAACAAGAUGAACAUGAUGAAAAAUAGACAAAAUAUGUUUAUUUUUGAUCGAACCUAUUGGUCAAUAUCGAUGUAUGCACCUCAAUAAAUGAGAUCAACAAAGCUGAUGUCAUUUAUUGAUGUGCAUGCAACCAUAUUGAACAAUAGUCAGUUUAUUAAAUUAUAAUUAUUAUCAUAAUUUUAUCACAGUAUAUAAAUGUAAAAGAAUGCUUCAUAAGUUAUCAACAGAUUAUACAAUGAAAUGACUGAUUAUACAAUGAACUGAAUAAAAGUGAUUUCGUUA